AAUGUGGGUCACUGAAUAAAGUUUAGCAACUCCUUUUUCUUGGUAAUAGAAAUAAUAUUGAGGGGAGAAAAAAGUAAGCAUAUAAAUGUACUGGAGAGGCGAUGAGGGAAAUUAGGACACGAAUAGCGUAUUUAAAGAGAAAAAUUCGCAACGAAAAACAUAUUCCUCCACUCGUUUGAUUUGCAGUUCCUGACAGAAUGGAAAGUUCAGCUUCGACGAGCAAUGACUGCAAAGUGAAAAGACACAUUAACUUGCUUGACGACGAAGAUGUGGAAUUGAAUAAUCCCCACCGUAAAAAAGCAAAGAGCUUCGAUUUAGAUUUAGCAAGCGAAGAGAAAAAAACCCUCUUCCCAUCGUACUCAAUACAUCUUGGUCGUAAUCUUGUCAUGGAACUCAAGGAGUUCCGUGGAUCUCAUUACAUCGGCUUAUCCAGACAGACCUCCAAUAACGACAUCAAAAAUCGGUUUAACAUCCCCUUUGAAAUGCUGGAUACCUUGAAACAGGCCUGCGAGCACAUGAUCAAUCACAUUAAACGCAAUCGAGUGGUUUAA